AGCAGGGGUGUAGAUGGGCAAAAGCAGCACAGGAACACCAGAGGAAAAACACAGCAAACAGAAAAACCAAAAACAGUCCAGUCUUCACAAAAAGGUCUGAGGGUAUCUGGGCCCAGAGCCAGACUGUGACAUAAACUAAGAAUUUGACCAUGCAUCGACUCCUCAGACCCUGCUGUCCGCCGCCGGCCCGCCCCAGCAUGCUGGACUGACGUCUGAGGAAUGGCAUCGGCUGUGUUUGAAGGCACGUCGCUGGUCAACAUGUUUGUCCGGGACUGCUGGGUCAACGGGAUCCGGAGACUCAUCAUCAGCCAGCGGGGAGAGGAAGAGGACUUCUUCGAGAUACGGACAGAGUGGUCUGACAGGAACAUUUUAUACUUGCAUCGGAGUUAUUCCGAUCUGGGGCGGCUAUUUAAAAGACUGGUGGAGUCAUUUCCUGAGGACAGAAGAGAGCUCUCCAAGUCUCCACUGCUAGAAGGGCUGGUAAAAAUCAAAGAGGCAAACGACAUUGAGGAGAAAUUAAAUGAGGUGGAAAGACUACUGAAGAAUGCCAUCAACAUGCCGUGCAAGUAUUCCAGGUCAGAGGUGAUGUUGACUUUCUUUGAGCGAUCACCGCUGGACCAGGUGCUGAGGAAUGACAAAGUCCACCGAAUCCAGCCGUGCUUUCAGAGUCCAAUCAAGAUAUCAGAAAUCAUGCGGUCAAAUGGAUUCUGUCUGGCCAAUACAGAAACCAUCGUAUUUGAUCACAGUCUCCCGGAAGAAAAGGAGAGACCCUCAUCCACCGACUCUGUGGAAGAUACGUAUGAGGAUGGAACAGAGUUUUUGUCAAUGGAAGCAGACCUGUGUGAUGAGGAAACAGAAGCGUAUGUCACCAACCUUUCCUACUACCAUCUGGUCCCAUUUGAAACUGACAUCCUGGAAUGACCAACUGAUGCCUGUUGAUGCACAUCUGAUGCUGUCAUUGAGGAAUAUGUACUCUUAAAUGGAACCUAUAGCUAUGCAAAGCUGCAUAUAGCUGCUCCAAGUAAAUGCUGCUUAUCCUAGCAAACUCUAGAGUUGCUUGUCGCCCAUUUUGGAGUGGGGCAGAUGCACAGUGCGCACCAAAAUAUUGGAAGAAUGCAACAGCUGCACCACUACUUAGUUUUUGCCACUUUGAGCGACGUCAUCACCAGCGUGCCUCAUUCAGAGCCUUACUUGAGUGUUUCGAGAAGGAACAGGAUGAUCUUUAUACUGGCUACAGAGGGCCUUCAGGUGUUGUUACACAACCUGUGGCAGCAACAAGGGAGGUUCUUGAGUCAUGAGGCAGAUGCAAACAGCUGGAGAGGUUUCAAAACAUGCAGCUUGACCACUUCAAAAGUAUUCAUCAAACACAUCAUUGUCUGUGGUUUGGAGUGUGAGUGCAGCCAGAGAGGGGAGGGCCACACGGCAGCCUACAGUAUCGGACCUUUCACUGUUACUUAGAAAUGUAGCUGAAUCGACCAGCACGCCUUCUUUUUCUCUCUCAAUUGUUUUAAUGUGUCGUGUUUAUCCUCCAUCAUGGCAUUGGCCCAGUUUGCCAGGAGAUAUGUGAAGCAUCUGCAAAGCCUAUUGUCUUCUCAUUGAAACUGUUCCCUGAUGAGUUAUCCACAGUGUUACCACUCUGGUGUUUUAUUCCUGUAGGAAUACAGCAAGCUGUCACAAAGAUAUGUGUAUAAUAUGUGUUUAUGGUGCAUUUUCCACCAGCAUGUAGGAACCUUUUUUGUUUGUAGAAGACCAGCUUGAAACUUAUGGGAUGAUUCCUGUUUUGUUGCUGUGAUAUGCAGUUGGUUUUACAAACGCGAAAGAAUGGAAGUCAAGGGGCAAAUUUUGUCUAUCGUCUUCUGGUUUUUAGCAUAAAAAAAAAAAAAAGUUGAUAGUAAAUGAAGCGAGAAUAAUGACACUUUUAUGCUAAUUGACUCACUUGGUUUUUGGAUUACUGUGGAAUUAAAGAAUGUAAAAGAAAUGUUAAGUGUUCAUUUUGUUGCAACUUUCCAGAGUCAGAACUUAAUGCUGCCUAUUUGGAUGUUGGAAUUUUCUUUAUGAAGUUUUGUCUGAAUAAUAAAGUACAGUAUAAUAUGUGUUUGUUAUAUACAUAGCUGAUAAUGUUGCUUAUUUUAUGUUUAUAAACAAAUAAUUUGAUAUAUCAGAGCGUAGAUUGAGUGUUGCCAUUAUGUGGACAGCUAAAUCAUCUCACCGCUGUUGUUGCCAUGAGAUGAGUGAUGAAAUAGGGCAAAGACAGCUUUGUUUUUUGGGUCAAUGGAGGUCAUACAGUGUCUGACCCGUUCUGUAAGAUGACGUGUGUGGGUUCAGUCAGACACUGACUGUGGGAGUCUGCAGCUCGGCCUGCGAUGGGGAAACAAGCCCUCUCUUUAUCUUGAGAAGACAAAUGACCUUGCUGUACUAAAACUUUCUAUAGAAAAAGUUAUGUCAAAUAAUCAAACACUCGAUUCAAAUUCAUGCCUUUUGUAUGUUUUCUCAGUUACUUUCACUUCUCGUGGCGCCUUUUGUGAAACCAUGGAACUCAGUGAAGCAUUACUUUUGUUUUGAAUGCAAGUGAAAGGCAAAGAAAGUGUAUAUUUGUGUAGGGUUGACUGUAAGGAAGUCAUCUAUAUUAAUUGUUUUGACAGUUUUGUCAAUGCAGAAGUCAUUAUGGCCUUACAAUGUAGGCUAACAGCUUGUGUCCACUUUCCUGCCCCUCCAAAUACAAAAGGCAGUCAACCCUCACAAACUUGGCACGCACAGCUUCAACAGGACGAUCCUCCGCAUGAGUCUAUUUAGUAACACAGUCAUGAUCACCAUUCACCCCAUGAGAAAGUACAGCUCUUUCUCACGGUGUGAAACUAUUUCAUGCUUCUUUUUGUUUUUCUCUUUUCACCAAGAAUGACGUCUUGAAUUGGAGCAUAUACUUUGGACAUAAAGGUUUCAGUUGAAAAAAAGUCAGCGUACAUAAUCGGAAUGAUUAA